AAAUCGCUUACAAGCGCAAUAAAAUAAAUACACGUAUUCUCCUGUCUCUAAGACUUCUACUAACUUUAAUAAAUUGAUAACAAAUCAUUAUCAUCUGAAUCAGUGGAAUAAUUUUUUGCCUUCGAAAGCAUCAGAAGUCCGAUUCUGCUGCGGCAUCGUUCAGUUGCUUAUAAAAAAUCACUACAGUCUUCGUUUCCGCUCUCCUUCUGUUUAUUAGCUGCAAAUCAAUGCCUUCUGUUCCUUCAAUGUCUGCUACAACCAAAACUGCUCACCAUUUCAACUCGUAUGUUUGCGAACUGCCACAAGAUGAGGCGAACUAUCCUCAAGCUGUCCGGUCUUCCUGUCAAGCCUUUGUAGAUACGAGUCCUGUCACUAUUUCUGAUAAAUGUAUCGACAACUUCCUCACUAGCUUGGACAAGGACCAAUACGAAAAAUUAGCAUAUGACUCUACCAUGAAAAUGCCUCUCAAAUUUGAAACUAUUGAAGAUGAAAUCAAUUUCGUUGCUUUGAUCGAUCUCUUGAAUUUCGGAAGUGGUUAUAGAAUACCUCUUCAUGAAUUAGCUGGCAGAGGUGCGUUCGAUACUAUUCGUUUUGGCUGCAUGUCUUUUCAUAUCGGGGGUAAACCCAUGACCGCAGAAGCAUUAAAGAAUAUGACUAUCUUUGAAGUUGCGGAGGCCUUCCAAAUUCCUAUUGAUACAGAAGUACGCCAUGAAAAGCUCGAUUUCGUAACGGUUACCGAACCAACGCCUUUAAAACCGUUCGCUGCUGGAUUAACCGCUGUACUUAACACAACCGGUGACUUUCUACUCAAUAACAACUACAAAGAUCUUGCUUCCUUUAUCAUGGAGCACGUCAAGAAACACCCUCAAAAUGCAGUCAGUUUAGUGGGGCAUCUCACGAAAGCGCUUCCAGGUCUUCAUGAUUGUUAUCAAUUCUCUGCAAAUGAAUCUCCCGUUUAUCUCUUCAAGAAAGCUCAGAUUAUUGUUUAUCACCUGUGGUUCACUUUUAAAGAACAAGUCCCUGAUUUAUUCGACUUCAAAGAUAUUGACGAGCUCACAGUUUUCUCAGAUAAUGUGAUACCGACGAUGCUGAUUCAUUUGGGUGUAAUUACCAAUGUACCUGAAGCAUGGCAAGAUGAUAUUGACAAGAAUAAAGAUCUUUCUGUCAAAGCUGCGACUACUCUAAGAGCAGCGGCAGUAGUUGCCUGUGAAGAAAUUGUAAGAAAGGCACGCUCUGGUUUAGGCCCUGUUAAUGAAACAAUGACAACCGGUGGUUUGGAUGUUUACCUCUGGCAGUUAGGAAAAGUUGGUGAUUUUAGGAAGAUUCACAGAUUUCAGUUGCGAGACACAGUUAUGUUUUAGACUUUGCUAUUUAAGUGGUUUUUUUUUGGGUGCUUAAUUAUUUUUUUUAAUACAAUAUUUAUUAUACACUUCAGUAUAAUAAAAGCCUACAAAAGGCCCAUUGGGCCUUUGUAUUUAGAGACAUCCCUCUCGUUCCGUCUCGGGUUUUUGCGUCUGUGUCUCGGGUACUCUCUCGUCUCGAACGCGAUGUCACUCUUUGAUCAACAAAGUGAGCUAGUUUUCUUUAUCGGAUAAAUCUUAUAGUCUCUCUUCGAUCAUUCUUAACCUGUUAGAAUUUCAAAAAGUUCUCAUCCACAAUUAUAUUUAGUCUUCUUCAUCCCUCAUAAAGACAUUAAGAGAACUUUAAAUAAAACCGGAG